AUGUACUCCUCGUCGAAUAAUUUCCUCGGGGGUGGUGCCAGUGGCCGUCCCGGCCAGGCACCAUUCAUGCAACAGCAACAGCAACCCCCCUAUUCACAGUUCUCCCAAGGCCAGCAGCCACCAUCAAUGCAACAACCUCAGCAGACUGGGUUUGCUCCGCAGCCCACUGGUCUUGCUCCACAGCCGACCGGAUUCGCCGGCCAGCCCUCCCCGUUCGGUAACUCACAGUUACAGCCUCAAGCCACCGGAUUCCCCGCGGGACAGCUCCAGUCGCAAUUCACUGGCUUCCCCGGCGCCGCGCCCCAGCAACCUCAGCAGCAGCAAGCGCAAAGCUUCCAACCACAAUACACUGGGUUCCCUCCCCAGAACCAGGCGCAGCAGCCGCCUCCGGUGCCGCAGAUACCUACUAGAUUCAAGACCUCCACCGAGAUCGCGAACUCUUUCCAAGGUGCUGCUGGCUCUGGAGCACCUCCCCAAGUGCCACCAAAGACAGGGUCAAGGAUUCCAAGCAUUCGGCUUUCUUUUAUUACGGCGCAGGAUCAGGCGAGGUUUGAGCAGCUAUUCAAGUCUGCUGUUGGCGAUAGCAAGACAAUGGAAGGCGACAAAGCAAGAGAUCUUUUGCUGCGCUCGAAAUUAACGGGGGCUGAUCUUUCCAAGAUCUGGGUCUUGUCUGAUACCACUAAAUCCGGACAGUUGUUCUUCCCUGAAUUUGCAUUGGCUAUGUACCUCUGCAAUAUUCGUCUCACUGGUCGCGACCUUCCUUCUUCACUACCCGAGACGAUCAAGAACGAGGUUUCUAGCAUGGUUGACAUCAUCUCGUUUGAUGUCCCCGACGAACCAAUCCAGCAACAGCGAACAAACGUCCCCAACUUCGAUGCGCCUCUCUUGGAGAACAAGUCGACGCCCCCGAUUGUUCAACAGCCCGUUCCGCAGCAACCCAACAAUGCACAGCUCCUGUCGCAGCUGACAGCACAGCCUACUGGAUUCUUCCCCCAGCAGACAGGUGCCCAGCAGCCCAAUCAGACGGGUUUCCCAGGCCAGAAUCAGUCCCAAUUCCUUCAGGCUCAACAAACUGGGUUUAUGAGUAACCCACAGGCCACUGGAUAUACCGGACCUCGGCCUCCAAUGCCACCUAUGCCUACUGGUUAUGGGUCCAACCUCAGCCCCGCCCAGACCGGUGGAAUGCAAGGCCUGGGUGUGCAGCCUACGGGCUUGGCAGCGCAGCCCACAGGCAUGCCAGGUCAAUGGGGAUUCAUCAACACACCCGCGCAGGGUUUGCCCAACAUUGAGGCUAUGAAACAGCAGCUCAUGCCGCAGCCUGGCCGUGAAGGUGGUUUCAGUUCCGUUGGUCUUUCAGGAAAUGCUACCGUCGCAUGGGCAAUCACGAAGGAGGAGAAAAAGAUUUACGAUGACCUUUUCCGCGCAUGGGACGGUUUCCGCAAGGGUUUCAUCAGUGGCGAGACCGCCAUCGAGAUCAUGGGACAAAGUGGUCUGAAUAGAAAGGACCUGGAACGGAUCUGGACUCUGGCGGAUCCCCAUAACCGCGGCCGGCUGAACAUGGAUGAGUUUGCCGUGGCUAUGCACAUGAUCUACCGUGCUCUAAACGGUUACCCCAUUCCUAGCCGCCUACCACCCGAGCUUGUCCCUCCUUCUACAAGACACCUGAAUGACUCUAUUGGAACGGUCAAGUCUCUUCUUUCUCAGGAUGCUGAAACUCGCAAGGCUACCGGGGCAUUCCUGCAGCCGCAGAAGACUGGCGUAAGCUAUCUUAAGGAUCACUCAUUCCGUGGUGGUGCAGGAGGCUCUGCUGGGGCCAGCCGCAAGGAUGCGACAAUGUUCAAGAACAAUGACUCCGCUGGUGGCUAUCGCUCAAGUGCACGCCGUCGCGUUGGUAACGAGGCUCGUACCCCGUCCCCGGCCGCCUCUGGCGCUUCAGACGAGGAGUAUUCCGUGGAACAGCUGCACAAGAAGAUCCGCGAGGCUAAAGUCAUGAUUGACGCUGCCGAUUUCCAAGACGCGAACCGGGCCGAGGAUGAUGAUGAUCUAGACCGCCAGGAUCGCCGGGAAGCAGAGAGUCUUAUGGACCGUAUUCGUCGUGUACAGGACGACCUCGAUACACACCCCAAUGCCGCAUUCCGUCAAGUAGACAGCGGGGCAGAGCGCAGGGCCCUUCGUCGCCAACUGCAGUCAUAUGAAGAUCAAGUUCCUCAGGUAGCAUCUGACGUGCGUCGUCUUGAGCGUGAGAUCGCGGACGCGAAGCUUGAGCUGUUCCGUCUCAGGGACGCCAAAGCGCACCCCGGCGGCGCCUCUAAUAUCGUUGGCACUGGCCCUGGUGGCACUGUAACCGAGGCAGAUCGAAUCAAGGCCCGGGCGCGUGCGCGUAUGCAAGCCAGGGCUGCUGAGCUUGCUGGACGUCCCGCCCCUGCGACGGAAGAUGACGAUGGUCAAGCAGCUCGUCGUCUGGAGUCUGAGAGCACUAACGUGAAGAUGGAGCGGGAGCGCAACGAUACUAUGACUCGCGAUGUCGAGGAAAGUGUCCGUGACUUCGCUCGCAGUUUGGAGGACAGUCUCCGUGUUGAGGGCCAAACCUCCUCACGCGAGCAUGAAAAGCGUCGUUGGGAAGAGGCAUUGGGAGUUGAGGACGUCAUUCGUGAUUUCAUUUACGAUUUGAGCCGCAAUGCGCGAACUGCAAAUAUUCGCAAAGAGGAGCGAGAGAGACCCUCCCCGGAGGUGAGUUCUCGAGGAUCCCCAGCUGCCGAAUCAGCUGCGCGCCCUUCGAUGCCCCAGUCCGUGGACUCGUCAACCUCUCUUCCUGGUAAUACACAUGCAGAUCGUGUGGCGGCUGCACGAGAGCGUGCGCAGAAGCGCAUUGCUGAGCGCAUGGCUGCUGCUGGUUUGAAGCCAAACGAUGCUACUGAGACUCUUGCGCAACGCCAGGAGCGUGAGAAAAAGGAGCGUGAAGACCGUGUCAGACGCGCCGAGGAAGAGGACGCCAAGCGGGAACAGGAGAGACAACGUCGCCUGGCUGAGGAACGCGGUGGUCCUAGUGAUGCAGCUCCGAAGACUGCUGGCAAGAAACCACCUCCGGCCCCACCCACCCGCAGGGCUCGGACCGAUAGUGCCGGCCAAGCCGAUGUCAAGAGGGCAGAGGAGCCCAUUAGAGUGGACCAGGCUGCUCGUGAGCAGGCCAUCAAGGAAGAACAAGAGGUGCAGGAGGCGGAGACUAAGCGUCUAGAGAGCGAGGCAAGCCAACGCGAGCUGGAAUUCCAGCGUGAGAAGGAUGCCCAAGCCGCUCGACUUCAUGCUCUCGAGGAACAGGUCCGCCAGGGGAAGAUCAAGAAGCAGGAAGAGAAACGUCGCAGGGAAGAGGCUAGCCGACAGGCCAAAGAACAGGAAGCUAGUCUUGCAGCCCAACGCGCUGAACUGGAGGCGGCCAAGGAACGUGAGCGACAACUGCAGCGUGAACUCGAGGGGCUUGACGAGUCGUCGUCUGAUGACGAAGGCCCUGACGAUAUUACGCCUCAGUACAGCACCCCGACGCAGAGCCAGACUCUCCCUACCCCACCCCCUGUGCCCACCAUAGCUAUUCCUGAACCCCCCGCCCCCGAAAGCGUGCCUAGCGAAGUGAGCUCCCCAGAGAGCAGCCGUGGUGUUCCUGCUGUCACGCCCGAGGCUGAAUCCAAGAACCCCUACUUCAAGAAAUUGGGUCAGCCAUCAGACCCCACCCCAGCGACUUCGCCGGCUGCUACGGCUCACAAGAACCCAUCAAGCCCACCUUCACUGGCGCGGCCCCCCCUGGAACGCAAGACUCGCACACGCCCUGAGGAAGACGACGAUUGGUCUGCUGCUGGUUCGGAUUUCGAUUCGUCUGAUGACGAGGACGACCGCCCAACCGGCGGUAGUGCCAAACAACUUGCCAGUAUCCUGUUCGGCACUAUGGCGCCCCCACGUCCUCUGAGUGCCAUGGACGAAGACAAGUCUGCCUCGAAAUCUGCUACCCCGGUACAAGACAGCCCUGUUGCACCUCCGCCCCCACCCCCAGCUCGGGCGAUGCCAUCUCCCCACCAGCGGCACCAUCUGGCGUACCUCCCCCUCCCCCACCUCCGCCUCCUCCCCCAGGAGCCGGUGCUCCUUCUAUGCCCCCUCCCCCACCCCCCCGGUGGGGCCCCCUCUGCUCCCCCCCCCCCUCCAGCAGGUAUCCCUCCUCCACCUGCUCCCGCGGCUGCCGGUGCUGGUCGAGGUGCCCUCCUCGCGUCCAUCCAGCAAGGCAUGACCCUGAAGAAGACUCAAGUGAAUGACCGUAGCACAAGCUCGUCAGCUGGACGUGUGCUGUGA